CCAGAGCUUCUUCAUUUCACCUCCCUUCCUGGCCAUGGAAACUUUGGGCUCCCUGUUGCAGCACAACCUCUUGCAGGAAUCUUUCCGGGAUGCCUGGACUCGCUUGCUAGAGAGCUCUGCCAAGUUCCACGUGGUCACAUGGGGUACCCUGCUGCUGUAUUUGUCUUCCUACUACUUAGCCUCGCUUCCUGGAUUCAUUUACCAGUUCAUCCCAGCCAUGAAGAAAUACAAAAUCCAACAGGACAAGCCAGAAACUUGGGAAGAUCAGUGGAAAUGUUUCAAGAUGACAUUUUAUCAUAUAUUCACUCUCCAUAUACCACUGUCCUUAGCUGUGUACUUUUACGUGGAGUAUGCCAAUUUACCAUGCGACUGGAACUCCAUGCCUCGAUGGUAUUCUGCAAUUCUUCAAAUCUUUGGGUGUUUCCUGAUUCAAGAUGCUUGGGAGUAUUUCAUGCAUAGGCUAAUGCAUCACAAAACACUAUAUCCAUACCUCCAUAAAGUUCAUCAUGACUUCCAGGCGCCAUUUUCCAUUCAGGCAACAUAUGCUGGCCAAGCAGAGAUUUUGAUCUUUGGAGCAGGUUUCUCCUUUGGCACGUUCAUUUUUUGCCAUCAUUUAUUCUCGUUGUGGCUUUGGGUAGUGGCACGGAUAGUGCAAAAUACGCAUGUGCACAGCGGAUACGAUGUUCCCUGGGAUCCCUUACGACUGGUGCCUUUUGCUGCUACUAGCCGUUUUCAUGACUUCCACCACAUGAACUUUCACGGGAACUAUGCUGCAAUAUUCACAUGGUGGGAUGAGCUAUUUGGGACAGAUAAGGAGUAUGAAAAUUAUAAUGCAAGGGGAAGACAGAAGGAAAUGAAGGAACAUGACAAUUAAAGGAUUAUGUCCUGAAAAAUGAAAAUACAAAUGGAUUUUGAUCUAAAUAUUGGUGAAAUUGAGAAAACAUUUAAAGCAAAUCUGAACCCUGAGGACAUGGGUUGUUAUGCGGCUGGAAGGUUGGAGUAGGACUUAAUGCUCAUGAACAUGACUGGAUGAACCACUAUUUUAUUCAUUUAUCUGCUGCUAUCCCACAGCAAGUCAAACAAAAAUCACAGUAAUUUACUGUUCUCGUAUUCACAGGGAAGCUGCCUUGGUUUAACUUCUGCUUCCUGCAGGAUAGGAUCAGUCAAACAAAAGGCAGAUUCCACAGACUCAGCUGGACAGCAGGCUGUCACACUCAUCAUCUGUUAGAGUGUGUCAUAGUAUUGUCUAUUCACACCCUGAGAAGCGUUUAAAGGCAACAGAGUACAGACCCAGAAUCAUUAUUGGAAAUAAUUCAAAUGGUAUCAUUUUCAGGGAAUAAGGGAAUGACCAUGCGGGAGAAAAUGCAGAAAGAAGUUCAGGGCCAGACGGAUACUUUGUAAGCUAUACCAAUUCAUAGUCAGGAGAAUUAAGAAUUUGUCAAUUAAACGUUUUUCAAUUUGUAGAGCAUUAACAUUAAUCAUUC